AACCCUUUUCCCUGGUAGUUUUACAGAUAAAUCAAUGAAGCAUAACAGAAGAUCAUUUUAAUUUUGUAAAUAAAGAUAAUGGACUCGUCGGCUAUCAGGACUGACGUCGUCAUAAUAGGGGCGGGCAUUUCCGGUCUCGCUACAUUAAAAUGUCUAAAAGAGGCGGGUCUUUCGGCAGUCGUACUCGAACGGACAGGGGAAGUAGGCGGGCUUUGGAUGUUCCGAGAAAAUGACUACGGUGUUAUGAGAUUUACGCACAUAAAUGUGUCUAAGUAUAACUACUGUUUCUCGGAUUUCCCGUUUCCAGACGACACUCCAGACUACCCCCACAACACAGACAUGGCUAAAUAUAUCGUUGACUAUGUUCAAAACUUUAACCUUGAAGAUGACAUCAGAUUUAGAAGAAAAGUUUUAGAUAUUGAGAAAAUAGACGACGAGUGGCAGGUUACAGCUAAAUUCGUUGACGAAGACGGAAAGAGGAUACUUGAAGGUGAAUCUCCUGAAAUAUAUAGGUCAAGGUUCAUCGCUAUAGCAACAGGUCAUCAUGCUAAACCAAGCAUGGCAAAAUUUCCUGGUCAAGACUCAUUCACAGAGGAGAUAAUCCACAGUGUAAGUUAUAAUGACGCAAUAUCCAAUGGUAUGACGGGAAAGCGUGUACUGAUUGUUGGGAUUGGUAACAGUGCGGUUGAUGCUGCAGUUGAUUGUGCAACAGUCGGGAGGUCAAAGUCAGUGUAUAUAAGCACCCGGUCUGGAGCUUGGGUUGUGCCUAACUACAUAUUCGGACAUCCCACAGAUAUAUACGCAUGUCGGCUUUUCUUCAAACUGCCUUUCACACUUGCCAACUUUAUAUUUGAGAAUGUGAUAUCUCUGGUCAGUGGACACCCUACACGAUGGAAGUUAAAUCCAAAGAUGAGAGCGUUACAGAGUCAGCCAACAGUCAGCCCUACAUUAGUACAUCAUAUACAAAGACAUAACAUCAAAAUCGUACCAAAUAUACAGAGAAUUGAAGGUAGUCGCGUAUAUUUUGUGGGCGGAAAGAGUGAAGAAUUUGACAAGAUUAUCAUGUGUACAGGAUAUAGGAUAGACUUGCCUUUCCUCAGUGAAAACAUGCAAAAACUAGUGCUUAAUAAGGAAACUAACGAAAUAAAGCUUUUCAAGAACGUGUUCAGCCCGGAUAUUGGCCGGACAUUGGCUUUCAUAGGGUUUGUGCAGCCGGCCUCUGGUGGUGUGUUGACCAUGUCGGAAACUCAGGCAAGAUGGUUUGCACAGAUGUGUAAAGGACGUGUUGGAUUACCUAACAGGUCAGAAAUGGUGCGAGAUAUGGAAGAAGAAAAGAGCCAGUAUGAAGGAAAAUAUACCAAAUCAGCUCGUCAUACCAUUCAGAAAGACCCUAUAGUCUAUAAUGACGAGGUUGCAGGAUUUAUAGGUGCUAAACCAAGUUUAUUGAAACAUCCUGAUCUAGCAUGGAGGUUAAUUCUAGGAUCGUGCGGUGCAUAUCAAUGGAGGCUUCAGGGACCAAACAAGUGGGAAGGGGCUAAAGAAGCGGUGAAAAAAGUUCCCUUAACAGAAUUGAUGCAUUAUUCUGGAAUAUUUGCACUAGUACUCGUGACUGUGAUAAUAUACUAUUUAUAUUCUUUCUUUACUGGUUUGUUUUGAGUAUGCGUUCAACUCGUCAGAAAAUGAAUUAUUCUAUUGACAUGCAUUGUUUGUGUACUGGAACAGAUAUAAAUAUUUUUUUUAAAGAGGGGUACACAGGUACACUGAUUUUUUAAAACGCCAUGUCUCUAAUCAUUAUUACUGGUAUAACGUGUUUUUGUUGUUGUUCUUAUGUUGUAUCUGUUUUUAUUAAUUUUUCAUAAUGAUUCUAUUACGAUUAAAAAGUCCGAUGAAAUGUAGUUUAAUUAAAUGUAUAUAUACAUUUGUGUAUAGCAUCGCAGUGGUAUUUUCAGGCUAUUUAAUUAAGAUGUUUUAUGUACAUCUAAUUUGGUGUUUUUGAUCAAAAUAUAAAGGCACAUAAUGCCUCAGAAUCGAGUAAAAAAAUUUUUCUUUAGAAAGGGCAAACAGAAGUUUUAUAACGUUUUUAUUUUGUUUAUAUAUCAUGUUGGAUGCUUAUUACCUAAAGUGAGUAGCCCUGAAUGUGAAAUUGUUCAUUAUAAAAGUAGGAAAAUGUAAACAAAGUGACAUUUUGACUGCAAUAUCAAUGCUUAAUCACCAAUACUGUUAUAUGUUAUAAUUGCCGAAAACGCAAGAGAGACAUUGAACGGGUCAGGCAAUAGGCCCAUGAGUAAUGUGUUUUGGAAACUAAAACUAUAAAAUCAUUUUUGGGGCAUAAUGGGCUUUUAAUUCAGCAAUUUUAGAUCCAUUAAGUAAAAACUGUUUGAAGAUGCAAUCAAAACGUAUGUAUGUUUUCUAACCCAAACAGUGCCAUAAAUAUGAGUGUACCAAACAGUUACAUUGGCAAUCCAUUUUGCCCAUUUGCUUUGUACUGAUAAUAAAGUUUGCUAUUUUUCACUAACAAAAAAUAUAGUCAAUGUAGUCAUUUUUUCCAAAAUGGAAUUAAAAAUCGAAUAUCUUCUAGUCAAACCGAUGAUUUGAUAAUUGAUCUUAGAUACUUUGUGAUUAUUUUUAAUUAUACGACAAUUCUUUUUACAAUUUUAAUUAUUUUUUACGUAUUUUGAGUUCAUUUCACGAAUGCAUGUUAUGAAUGUGUUUUUCAGAAGUUUCUGUAUGUAAGUGGUGGGGGAGGGGGUAGAAAGGGCAGGGAGGGACGUGUCAAAGUAAAAAAAUGUUACAGGGAAAAUAUGAAAUAUAAUAUGACAUAACGAAUAUACAAAUGAAAAAAAAAUAAUUAAAUGAUAAAUAAUGUUGCCAUAUUUCUUAACAUACAUGUACUUAAUUAUAGUACAGAAGUACAGAAAUUCACUCACGAAAGUAUCCCCUUUAUAAUAUGUUUGUGUGUUUUUAACCAAUGCUUUAUUAGCUCACCAGAGCCGAAGGCUCAGGUCAAGCUAUUAGUAUCAAAGGGGGAUGCUCCGGCGUCCUCCGUCCGUCGUCAUGCGUCAACAAUUGUCUUCUUCUCUGAAACUACUGGGCAGAUUUACUUCAAAUUUGGUCUUUAUCAUCCUUGUGACAGUCACACUUGAAUUUGCUAAUGUCAUUCCAAUUGGCCCCUUUUAGGGGUCAGCAGAGCUAAAAAUAGAAAAACCUUU